AUGUUAAGAACAGCUUUAAAGGUUUCGACCGGGGGCAGGGGCGCUGUGCUGUGUGUGCCAGUGCGCUGCUUUUCCAAUUUGCCGUUGUUCGUCCCAGUGAAACUUCCAAACGGGACAGAGUACGAGCAACCCACUGGACUAUUCAUCAACAACAAGUUCGUGCGUUCCAAACAGGGGAAGACUUUUGAGGUCUUAAGUCCCUCUACGGAGGAGGAGAUAACGCAUGUUUAUGAGGGUCGUGAGGAGGAUGUGAACCUUGCUGUGCAGGCAGCGGAUCAGGCGUUUGAGAAGGGGGACUGGCACAAUGUAGACCCUAUGGUUAGAAGUGUUGCGUUGAAUAAAUUGGCUGACUUCAUUGACAAGGAUUCUGAAAUUAUUGCUUCUAUCGAAUCUAUGGACAAUGGUAAGUCUAUCACUCAUGCUAGGGGGGAUGUAGCGCUUGCUGUUAACUGUUUGCGGGCUUGUGCGGGAGCUGCGACUACAAUUGACGGUAGAUUAAUUGAUACUGGAUCGUCAUAUUUCUCGUACACUAAGCGCGAACCAAUUGGUGUCUGUGGGCAGAUCAUCCCGUGGAAUUUCCCCUUGGUCAUGUGGGCAUGGAAGGUAGGCCCUGCGUUGGCAGCGGGUAAUACAGUAGUCUUGAAAACAGCCGAAUCGACGCCUCUCUCUGCACUCUACGUUUCAAAGUUUGUGGAACAAGCUGGUGUUCCUCCCGGUGUUCACAAUAUUGUCUCGGGUUUUGGUAAGAUUGUCGGAGAAGCUAUUAUUUCCCACCCUAAAGUAAAGAAAGUGGCCUUUACAGGCUCGACCACUACAGGUCGUCACAUCUACCAAACCGCUGCAAAGAGCUUGAAGAAGGUAACUUUGGAAUUGGGUGGUAAAUCUCCUAAUAUUGUGUUCGCUGAUGCUGACCUAAAGCGUGCUGCUGAAAAUGUGUUGUUAGGUAUCUAUUACAACUCUGGUGAGGUCUGCUGUGCAGGUUCAAGGAUGUACAUUGAGGAAUCCGUUUACGAUCAGUUUUUACAGGAAAUGAAGGCUGUAGCAGAAGCUGUGCAAGUUGGUGAUCCGUUCAAUGAGAACACUUUCCAAGGUGCGCAGACCUCUCAAAAUCAAUUGGACAAGAUCUUGAAGUAUAUUGAGAUUGGUAAACAAGAGGGAGCUACCUUGGUAACUGGAGGUGAAAGAUUGGGUAACAAGGGAUACUUCGUUAAGCCCACCAUAUUUGCCGACGUCAAACCCGACAUGAGAAUUGUCAAGGAAGAGAUAUUUGGCCCUGUUGUUACUGUAUCCAAGUUUAAGACAAUAGACGAGUUGAUUGAACUGGCUAACGAUUCUGAAUAUGGCUUGGCUGCUGGUAUCCAUACUACCAACAUAAGCACCGCUAUCGAAGUUUCCAACAGAUUGAAGGCAGGUACCGUUUGGAUUAAUACUUUUAAUGACUUUCAUCAUUCCGUUCCCUUUGGUGGAUUCAAGGCAUCUGGUAUUGGUAAGGAGAUGGGUUUGGAAUCUCUUGAAGCCUACACUCAGGUUAAGGCUGUUCGUACGAAGUUGUGA